GAGGAAACGGUACCCGCCGGAGGCCCGGCUCGCGCGAGCCUGGGCCGGUCGGGGGCGGGUUAGGGGCAGGGCUUGCACCGGUCGCUGGGGACGGGGCGGGGCCUGGGGCUCGGAAAGGUGGGCUUUGGAGGGCGGCGGUUGGCUUCCUCCUUGUCGCCGGGACUGCUCGGCUUCCGUCCUAGAGCAAAGGCGGCUUGGCCGGCCCCGGGAUCGCCAUGGAGUCCGCGAUGAGCGCGGGCAUCGCAGUGGCCGAGGCGCUGCAGAACCAGCUGCCCUGGUUGGAGAACGUGUGGCUCUGGGUCAACUUUCUCGGCGAUCCCAAGAGCCUCUUUCUGUUCUACUUCCCCGCGGCCUACUACGCCUCUCGCCGCGUUGGCAUCGCGGUGCUCUGGAUCAGCCUCAUCGCCGAGUGGCUCAACCUCGUCUUCAAAUGGCUCCUGUUUGGAGACAGGCCCUUUUGGUGGGUCCAUGAGUCUGGGUACUAUAGCCAGGCCCCAGCCCAGGUUCACCAGUUCCCCUCUUCUUGUGAAACUGGUCCAGGCAGCCCUUCUGGACACUGCAUGAUCACAGGAGCAGCCCUCUGGCCCAUAAUGACGGCCAUCUCUUCCCAGAUGGCCACUCGGACCCACAGCCGCUGGGUGAGGAUGAUACCUAGCUUGGCUUAUAUCACCUUCCUACUGGCGGUUGGCCUGUCCCGGGUCUUCCUCUUAGCACAUUUUCCUCACCAGGUGUUGGCUGGCCUAAUAACUGGUGCUGUCCUGGGCUGGCUGAUGGCUCCCCAGGUACCCAUGGAGCGGGAGCUAAGCUUCUAUGGGUUGACCUCACUGGCCCUCUUACUGGGCACCAGCCUCAUCUACUGGACCCUCUUUACGCUGGGCCUGGAUCUUUCUUGGUCCAUCAGCCUGGCCUCCAAGUGGUGUGAGCGGCCUGAGUGGGUGCACGUGGACACUCGGCCCUUUGCCUCCCUGAGCCGUGACUCAGGGUCUGCCCUGGGUCUAGGCAUCGCCCUGCACUCUCCCUGCUAUGCCCAGGUACGGCGGGCAUACCUGGGAAAUGGUCAAAAGAUAGCUUGCUUUGUGCUGGCCAUGGGGCUACUGGGCCCCCUGGACUGGCUGGGCUACACCCCUCAGAUCAGCAUCUUCUACAUCGUCAACUUUCUCAAGUAUACCCUCUGGCCAUGCCUGGUCCUGGCCCUCGUGCCCUGGGUGGUGCACAUGUUCAGUGCCCAGGAAGCACCACCCAUCCGCUCUUCCUGACUUCAGGUGCCUCCUAUUUGCCACUUUCCCUCCCACAAAAGCAACACUCCAUGAUCUCCAGUCCAGGAGGCAGCCCAUCCCCUUCGAGCCCCCAACAGUCCCUGUUCAUCUUGAAUUUCCCACUUCUCCCACCACAUGGUCUUAGCCCCAAAGAAGGGCCAUGUGUCUUGCAGAAAGGCUGGUCCUCCUCCUGCCUUCCCUCCCAAGUCCCCAAAGAGCAAAGGCAACAGCAAGACCAGUGGGUUCCUGCAACACUGUGAGGGGCUCAGAGCAGCCUCAAUAAAGCCCUUGAACAUUU